UCUGGCUGCAAAAGUCUCCUUACCCCAAUGAGAGGAGGGUCUGGGUUUCCUGAGAGCUGAGGGUUGAAGGCAUCGAGUCAACGCAUAAACUUGUCACCUCUGCCCUCGAAGACACUUGUACUCUCCAUGCGAAGCCAAAAUGGGGAAUGGAUCCGAGGAAGAUUAUAACUUUGUCUUCAAGGUGGUGCUGAUCGGCGAGUCAGGCGUGGGGAAGACCAAUCUGCUAUCUCGAUUCACACGCAAUGAGUUCAGCCAUGACAGCCGCACCACCAUUGGGGUUGAGUUCUCCACCCGCACUGUGAUGCUGGGCACUGCUGCUGUCAAGGCUCAGAUCUGGGACACGGCUGGCCUGGAGCGGUACCGAGCCAUCACCUCAGCGUACUACCGUGGUGCAGUGGGGGCCCUCCUGGUGUUUGACCUAACCAAGCACCAGACCUAUGCCGUGGUGGAGCGCUGGCUGAAGGAGCUCUAUGAUCAUGCUGAGGCCACUAUCGUCGUCAUGCUUGUAGGUAACAAGAGUGACCUCAGCCAGGCCCGGGAGGUGCCCACUGAAGAGGCUCGCAUGUUUGCUGAAAACAAUGGGCUACUAUUCCUGGAGACUUCAGCCCUGGACUCCACCAAUGUUGAGCUAGCUUUUGAGACUGUCCUCAAAGAGAUCUUUGCGAAGGUGUCCAAGCAGAGGCAGAACAGCACCCGGACCAAUGCUAUCACCCUGGGCAGUGGCCAGGCUGGGCAGGAGCCUGGCACUGGGGAGAAGAGGGCCUGUUGUAUCAACCUCUGACCUUGGACAGUGCCUUCCCCACCCCCACUGGAUUUCUUUUUUUUUUUUUUUUUUUUCCGUGACCGGCGCUCAGCCAGGGAGUGCA